AUGAGGUUGUGUCCAGCUCCGAAUGCCAGCAAGAAGAGAAUGUUUUUCGCGAGUCAGGAGGAAAAUAUCAUUUUGAAUAGCCGCCCAACGAAUUGCCAAGGCCCUUUAUCAAGGCGUGUUCUCCCAAUUCUCAAUGACGAAACUCUCGAAGUAACAGCUGAAGACCAUGAGUGGACGAGAGAAUUUCUCAAUCUCAUGGCCACUAGCUAUUCUGAGAGUCCUGUCAUUGAACCUCUCACGGACUUCAUCCAGCUGAUGACUUUUAUAAGACGUUGGUCCAAGUACCAGACACUGAACAAUACAGAUGCCAAUGAUUUUACCCACAUCCUCGACAAUACAUCUCAGGAAAAUGGUCCUGUGCAGUUCAACUAUGAAAGCUGGUUAACAGAUGACCAGGAAAAACUCGUGUUCAAAGCAAAAGCUGGUGACACUCCGCUUGUUGUCAAGUUUACACAGAGAUAUAAUGCGCUUGUGUGCCGGCAGUGGGCAUGCACCAAAGCUACUUUAUGUCGGUGA